UUAAAAGUAAAGCUAAAACAAGCUUCCAGUGCUGGUCGAACCGCUCAGACAACAACGGCUAUUGCACCAUCAAACGUAUAAUUUUAUUUUGGCUACACAACCAAGCCCAGCUCAAAGCUAACUCAGCUCAGAAGAUAUCAUUCAAAAAUUUAUUUUUAAGCUAUUCAAAAACCACAACACGUUUGUGUGGAUUUUCAGUUAUAAUAUUGUGAGGCGCGUUAAAGCAACGUUAUUCGCAUAUAUCGCGUUACCAGACCAAAACAUAGAGCACCGAAAAUAAAUAUUGUAACAAUAUUGCUUCACAAUGGAACACGAUCAUCACCAGCACCAACAUGAGCACCAACACCAUCAUCAUAGCCCAACACAACAGCAACAGCAACAGCAGAUGGAUGUUGUUGGUGACGGCUUAGACGACUGCCCGAUGAUUAUGACGUUCCAUGGUGGUCACUGUGAACGCAUACUCUUCGAUAGUUGGAUGGCAAGUACUGUUACCCAAUUUGUUAUAUCGGCUUUUGUUAUAUUCUUGGUGGCUUUUGGUCUUGAAGCACUAAAAUUUGCACGUUUCUAUUUACUGAAAUAUACUAAUAAAAAGGAAGCUAAUUAUCGUGCUAAGAAGAGACAGGAACGUAAUGAUAUUGUCGUCAGUACAACUAUACCGGCGCGUGCCUCUUCCAACACACCAUUGACUGAUAAAUUUGAAAAUGAAAGCUUUUUCGGACGCAUUACAUCGCCAUCACAUCUAGUGCAAACGGUCUUCAAAGUGAUACAGAUUAUUAUUUCCUACCUGCUGAUGUUGAUUUUCAUGACUUUUAAUUAUUGGCUGUGCUUGGCUGUUGUGUUGGGUCUAUCUUUGGGUUAUCUACUCUUCGGGUGGAUCAAACAAGAUAUGUUUGAUGAUGAUUGCUGUCAUUAAAUAAUGAAUUAUGUUGUAUUUGCAUAUUUUAAAUAAUAAAGUCUAUAUUCAAUAUUGGCGCUAUAUUUGGAAACAUUAAUAACAUUUUUUAUAUUCUAGCAUUUGAAAUUUUAAUUCAUUGGUUUUUUAUAAAAGGCUAGUAACGCAAGUGCUGCUUUUUUACAACACAAAAAUGUAUCUAUAUCUAUGCUUCUACUUUCAAUAAAGGUUUCUAUAUUCUCACAUAAA